UUGUUUUGCAAUUCCCAAUUUUUGUGAAUUGUUCGUUUACAGUUGCCUGUGAUUAUUAUAAAUUUUUAUAAAUAAAUCUGGUGUUUAUAGGGAGAUAUUAGUAUUGUUAGCAAUCUAAAAUAGGUUUUAAUUAUUUGACUAUACUUCUUUACAAAUCGUUUAAGGCAGCUUUGCUGCUUUUAUUGUGAAAUGUAUGAUCAAGAAUACAACCAAUACGACGAUGAGGAAACGGAAGAAAUCAGCUCUGAACUGUGGCAAGAAGCAUGUUGGAUUGUUAUUAAUGCUUACUUUGAUGAAAAGGGUCUUGUAAGACAACAACUUGAUAGCUUUGAUGAAUUUAUUCAAAUGUCUGUUCAGAGAAUAGUUGAAGACUCACCAGCUAUAGAACUCCAAGCUGAAGCUCAACAUACCUCUGGAGAAGUUGAAGUACCACCUAGGUAUCUUCUUAAGUUUGAGCAAAUUUAUUUAUCAAAACCUACACAUUGGGAGAAAGAUGGUGCUCCGUCACCUAUGAUGCCAAAUGAAGCUAGAUUGCGAAACUUGACUUACUCAGCUCCAUUAUAUGUAGAUAUUACUAAAACUAUUAUAAAAGAAGGAGAAGAUCCUAUAGAAACACAGCAUCAGAAAACAUUUAUAGGAAAAAUUCCUAUUAUGUUAAGAUCAACAUAUUGCCUUCUUAGUGGUUUAACAGAUCGUGAUUUGACUGAAUUAAAUGAGUGCCCUUUGGAUCCUGGUGGAUACUUUAUAAUUAACGGGUCUGAAAAAGUAUUGAUUGCCCAAGAGAAAAUGGCUACAAACACAGUAUAUGUAUUUUCAAUGAAAGAUGGCAAAUAUGCUUAUAAGUCUGAAAUUAGAUCAUGUUUGGAGCACAGUUCACGUCCCACCUCAACACUCUGGGUAAAUAUGAUGGCUAGAGGAGGCCAAGCUAUUAAAAAAGCAGCUAUUGGACAGAGAAUCAUAGCAAUAUUGCCAUAUAUUAAACAAGAAAUACCCAUCAUGAUUGUAUUUAGAGCAUUAGGUUUUGUAGCUGAUAGAGAUAUUCUAGAGCAUAUUAUUUAUGAUUUUGAAGAUCCUGAAAUGAUGGAAAUGGUGAAACCUUCUUUAGAUGAAGCUUUUGUGAUACAAGAACAAAAUGUUGCACUAAAUUUUAUUGGUGCUAGAGGGGCUAGACCAGGUGUUACAAAAGAAAGAAGAAUAAAAUAUGCUAGGGAAAUUUUACAGAAAGAAAUGUUGCCACAUGUCGGUGUGUCCGAUUUUUGUGAAACCAAGAAAGCUUACUUCUUGGGAUAUAUGGUACACAGGCUUCUUUUAGCUGCAUUGGGUAGACGGGAGUUAGAUGACAGAGAUCAUUAUGGAAAUAAACGACUGGAUUUAGCUGGGCCCUUAUUGGCUUUCUUAUUCAGAGGGUUGUUUAAAAAUUUAAUGAAGGAGGUCAGAAUGUAUGCUCAGAAAUUUAUCGAUAGGGGCAAAGACUUCAAUCUAGAUUUAGCCAUCAAAACUAAACUUAUUACGGAUGGUUUGAGAUACUCCCUUGCAACUGGUAAUUGGGGUGAUCAGAAAAAGGCUCAUCAGGCCCGAGCUGGAGUGUCGCAGGUAUUAAAUCGUCUUACAUUUGCAUCAACAUUAUCCCAUUUGAGACGUGUCAACUCUCCUAUUGGUAGAGAUGGUAAAUUGGCAAAACCUCGUCAAUUACACAACACCCUGUGGGGAAUGAUUUGUCCCGCAGAAACGCCAGAGGGAGCUGCCGUAGGUUUAGUAAAGAAUCUUGCCUUAAUGGCGUACAUCUCGGUAGGAUCCCAACCAUCGCCAAUUUUGGAGUUCUUGGAGGAGUGGUCUAUGGAAAAUUUGGAAGAAAUAGCACCUUCGGCUAUUGCAAAUGCAACAAAAAUAUUUGUCAAUGGAUGCUGGGUUGGCAUUCAUCGCGAUCCUGAACAAUUAAUGGCUACUCUUAGAAAAUUGCGUCGUCAAAUGGACAUUAUUGUGUCUGAAGUAUCAAUGAUUAGAGAUAUCAGAGACAGAGAAAUAAGAAUUUAUACAGAUGCUGGAAGAAUUUGCAGACCAUUGCUCAUAGUAGAAAACGGUCAACUCUUAUUAAAAAAGAAACAUAUCGAUAAUCUCAAAGAAAGAGAGUAUAACAAUUACGGUUGGCAAAUGCUGGUAGCUUCUGGUGUAGUAGAAUAUAUAGAUACGUUAGAAGAAGAGACUGUCAUGAUUGCUAUGUCUCCUGACGAUUUGCGUCAAGAAAAAGAAUAUGCUUACUGUACAACCUACACACAUUGCGAAAUCCAUCCAGCUAUGAUUUUGGGUGUUUGUGCCUCUAUUAUUCCAUUUCCUGAUCACAAUCAGAGUCCGAGAAACACAUAUCAAAGCGCUAUGGGUAAACAGGCUAUGGGUGUCUAUAUUACUAAUUUCCAUGUCCGGAUGGACACGCUUGCCCACGUCCUUUACUACCCUCACAAACCACUGGUUACAACCAGGUCUAUGGAAUAUCUUCGUUUCAGAGAACUACCAGCAGGAAUUAAUAGUAUUGUAGCGAUCGCAUGUUAUACAGGUUACAAUCAGGAAGAUUCUGUUAUUUUAAACGCAUCAGCUGUAGAAAGAGGAUUCUUCAGGUCAGUUUUCUACCGUUCUUAUAAAGAUUCUGAAUCAAAACGCAUUGGUGAUCAAGAGGAACAAUUUGAAAAACCAACCAGACAAACGUGUCAAGGAAUGAGAAAUGCUCUGUAUGACAAGCUGGAUGAUGAUGGAAUUAUAGCUCCGGGAAUUCGUGUCUCAGGUGAUGAUGUAGUCAUUGGCAAAACCAUGACUCUUCCUGAAAAUGACGAUGAGCUUGAAGGUACUACAAAAAGGUACUCUAAGCGAGACGCGUCUACUUUUCUUCGUAACAGUGAAACCGGCGUUGUGGAUCAAGUUAUGUUGACGCUUAACUCGGAAGGCUACAAGUUCUGUAAAAUCAGGGUGCGGUCCGUCAGAAUACCGCAGAUUGGAGACAAAUUCGCUUCUAGACACGGACAGAAAGGAACGUGUGGUAUUCAGUACCGACAAGAAGACAUGAUCUUUACAUGUGAAGGAAUCACGCCGGAUAUUAUCAUUAACCCGCACGCUAUCCCAUCUCGUAUGACCAUUGGUCACUUGAUCGAAUGUAUCCAGGGCAAAGUGUCCUCGAACAAAGGCGAAAUCGGCGACGCCACGCCUUUCAAUGACGCGGUAAACGUACAAAAAAUAUCCACCCUCCUCCAAGAGUAUGGUUAUCAAUUGAGAGGAAACGAGGUUAUGUACAACGGACACACCGGUCGAAAAAUCAACGCCCAAAUUUUCUUGGGACCCACCUAUUAUCAGAGACUUAAGCACAUGGUGGAUGACAAGAUCCACUCCAGAGCCAGGGGACCGGUACAAAUUCUCGUCCGUCAACCUAUGGAGGGAAGGGCUAGGGAUGGAGGUUUACGUUUCGGGGAGAUGGAGCGUGACUGUCAGAUAUCCCACGGAGCCGCUCAGUUUUUGAGGGAGAGAUUGUUCGAAGUGUCCGAUCCGUACCGCGUGCACAUUUGUAAUUUUUGCGGUCUGAUUGCUAUAGCGAAUAUGAGGAAUAACACGUUCGAGUGUAAGGGUUGCAAGAACAAGACCCAAAUCUCUCAGGUCAGGCUUCCCUACGCGGCAAAAUUGCUGUUCCAGGAACUGAUGUCGAUGAAUAUUGCUCCUAGACUUAUGGUUUUGUAAUUGUAAUGGACUAGUAAUUUUAAUAUUAAUAAUGUAAAAGUGCUUUUAAAGCAUGAAAUAUAUUAACUUGAACUUU